AUGGUAUUGUUGGUCGUAUUUUCUGUGAACGUAUCCCCUCAACCCAUCACCAACAAUGUCUGCACACUCGCCAAAUCUUCGUUGAAUUUCGAAGAUCUACAAAGUGAGUAUAGGAGUUUAACCGGCGGAGUCAAUCACACCAACCUCCCCGACCCUAACCAUAACAACACCCUUCACCAAAGCUCACUGUGUGGUCAAACAGUGGAGGACCAGUCGGAGAAGAUAAUCACGGGUCAAGAGACGCCAGCGAGUGCUUGGCCUUGGUUUGUCUAUCUCAAAACAUACCUUCCUUCUGGCAUCCAUCUGAUAUGUGGUGGUUCGAUUUUAACCGAGUUGUGGAUUUUAACAGCUGCGCACUGCGCUAUAGAACUAGAUUCUGUAGUAAUAGUUUAUUUUGGCAUGCAUGAUAUACGUCAAAAACAAACAGUGAAACACAUCACGUCAAGAAAAUUUCUAUCAAAAGCAUAUCGUCUACCUAAUGGGUUGUUAGAAAACGAUAUUAUGCUUAUUAAGCUUGAUUCGCCUAUAACUUUUACUGAAUCUAUACGACCGAUCUGUUUGCCUACUAAGGACAUGACCAACUCUACAAAUUGUUUCUCGAUUGGGUUUGGAAGGACUAGGGAGAAAGGACCUGGUUCUACCAAACUGCUGCAGAUCAAAUCGAACCCAAUGAAUCAAAAAUUGUGCAUGUUUUUACUCCGAUACACGAUGAUGAGUAGUGUUGACACCUUGAUUUGUGGGGAUGAUGAGCAUGGUCAGGGUGUGUGUAUGGGGGACUCAGGGGGCCCGCUUAGCUGCAAGGAGGAUGGAAGAUACUACAUCGUUGGUGUCAUUUCAGCAGGAUUCGAUUGCGGUAUGAAAGAGUUACCUAACAUUAUGGUUUCGGUGUAUGCUUGGCUUGAUUGGAUUAAAACUACGAUUAAAGCUAAUUAGUAAAGUCUAUAGGGCUGGUAAGUAGGUCAACAAACAGUU